AUGGCCGCAAAUCUCCCUCCAGGAUUACUGGAACAGCUCCUGCGACAGCGUGCAGCUCAAGCAGCAUCCGCAGGAGGUACUCAACCAAGUUACCCAUCGACCUUUGCUGGUGGUCCAAGGCCUGUACCAUCAUCCUCGUUGUUCGGUAACGGUACAGGAACCCAGUCAUCGGUCCCAUUAUCUUCUUUCUUCGGUCAACCUCAACCUCAACAACGACCAUUCGGGACUUAUGGUGGUAUACCCACGGGUACAGGUAUUCCCUCAUCCUACUUCAAUGGUACCAAUACCAACAAUCCAUUUUACAGACCUGGUUUUGGAUAUGGAUAUGGAUGUCCGCCACCACCUUCGGUCCCAUCCAACAUCUCUUACGGAAGGAACGGCGAGACAUUCGAUCCUUCUCAAGGUUUUCCACCGCCCGAUUGGUUCAUCAACGAUACUAACAAUACUUCUAGCAGAACUGGCUGGGUAAAUGCUGGUACCGGUGGUCUGAACACUGGAUUCGGCACCAACACCAAGGCCACUUCACCUCAUAGUGCAUAUUGGAACUCGGCAAUACCUCCUGGCGUACCCCGUCUUCGAGAUGGUCCAACAACCAUCGGAGGGGCAUUCCAAAGUUAUAUCACAGAACUGAAAAAGGAUGCGACGGGUACCAUGCAAGGGAGCGAACAGAUUAUAAGCCAGAAAUCUGAGAUACAAAAGGAACUGAGCGAAUAUAUCUCAGGAAGAACCACAAAUCUCAUGAGUGUACUGAAUAGGAAUGUUAAUGUCGGUGGGGAGGCGGUGUUAAAUGCUUUAAGAGAUUUAGAAGAAAUUAGGGAAAAGCGAGAUCUAGUCAAUCAAGAGAUUACGAAUGAACGGAUUGUAAAGACUCAAGCGAUAAGUAGGGUCAAUGAUAUGCUCAGUACGGAGGUAGAACUUGCUAAAGGAGAGCUGAGCAAGGAAGAAGCUGUGAAGAGGAGUAGACGGUGGGGUAGUACAUACUUGCAAAGAGACGCUAAUGGUACAACAUGGUCAACAUGGGAUGAUUAUCUAACUUCAGCGACUGGAACGAGAUCACAAUUGAAUCCAUUCUUGAGUAGGAAUGAAUCUCGAAAUCAAGCUCAACGACAGCAACAAACUCAAGGUGCCGGAUCUUCCUUCUUCGGGAACGGCAGUGGUAGUAAUCCGUUUUCAAGGUUUUUCAAUAGGUCUGGUCCGGCACAAGCUCAGAGUAGCUAUGGUCGAUUGUGA